AUGUCUGUGCUGCUAUGCUUCUCCAUCUUUGGCCAGGACGGAUCCGCUGCACAGCCUUCGAGGUCGACAGAAUCAGCCAAGGCCGUUGAGACUCCAGAGACGGGUGACACACUGCAGAGUGUGAUAGCUUGGAUGACAGUGGCAGAUCUGGGUCAGGACGAUAUCAUUGACCAAGGGAGUGGGGGAGGAGACGCAGAAGCUAUACCACCUUUGCCCACAAGGGAACGAAAGAACAGCAACUACUGCAACUUUGAAGCUCUGGACGAGGUUGUGGAUCCUGAUGAGGAGUGGAACCAACGUCUGCGAGGAACUGGAGCAGCUGGCAGACUAGUCGCUUAUGAAAGUGGUGAUCGACCACAGGAUGACUUGCACCUCAGAGGUGGUGCUGGCAAGCGAGUUGUCGUAAGCUUUGUUCGCCGCAGCAGCAGAGCCGAGCAGGCUGGAGUGAAGACGGGUGACAUACUGGUUUCCAUCAAUGGCAGAAAGGACUUUGCAGGACUUCGAGCAGAAGAAGUUCUCAGAAGGAUCUAUGGUCCUGUCACUUUGGUUUUCCUUGGCUUCAUUGGCAAGUGGCACGCAGAACUCAGACUCAGCAACCAGGACAGUUGCUUUUGUGGAUUGGACUCCAAGGUGCCAAUUGCCAUGGGAAGGCCAGAUGCUCCUUUGCAGGCCAGCUUGUUGCUUGUGUUCUGGCGACAACGAUUGAUUUGGAAGUGGGACAAUGCAAAGAUCAGUUGA